GCGGGCAGGGCCUGCGCGGGGCCCCGGGGCCGCCACUUCCUGGCCGCGCCGACGUGGCGGAGCGCACAGGUCCGCCGGGUCAGGUGGUUGGGUGACGCCCCGGGCGGCGCGGGGGGCCGGGGCGGGCGGCGCGGGCGGAGCCGGGCGGCGCGGGCGCGGGCGGCGGAGCGCGGCGGGCGGCGGCGGCGGCGGCGGGAGCCAUGGACCGCGGCGAGCCAGGUCUGCUGAGAACAGACUCGGUACCUGAGGAAGGAGAAGAUGCUGUUGCAACCAUCAACACGACAGAGGCCCUGACAGAGGAGGAGCAAGAGAGGCUGAGGAGAGAACUUGCGAAGGUGGAGGAAGAAAUCCAGACUCUGUCGCAAGUGUUAGCAGCGAAAGAGAAGCACCUGGCGGAGCUCAAGCGGAAACUGGGCAUUAAUUCCCUACAGGAACUCAGACAGAACCUUGCCAGAGGGUGGCAGGACGUUACGGCCACGUCAGCAUACAAGAGGACAUCUGAAACCUUAUCUCAAGCUGGACAGAAGGCGUCAGCCGCUUUUUCAUCUGUUGGCUCAGUCAUCACCAAAAAGCUGGAGGAUGUAAAAUUUCAAGCCUUUUCACAUUCCUUUAGUAUACGCUCCAUUCAGCAUUCAAUUAGCAUGCCUGCUAUGAGAAACUCCCCAACUUUCAAAUCAUUUGAAGAAAAAGUGGAAAACUUAAAGACCUCUCCAGGAGUAAUCCCUGGACUGGAGCGAGAGCACAACGGUCUAAAGUAGGGGGAAGCAAGCCUGCUGGGGGUGAUUUUGGAGAAGUCUUGAAUUCGACUGCAAAUGCCAGUGGCACCGCCUCGGAGCCUCUUCCAGAACAGAUGCAGGAGAGCCCAUGAGAUGUCUACCUUUGUUCUGCUACCCACUGCCAGAUGCUGCAAGUGAGAUCCAAGUACAUCUUGUCAACGUUCAUCGCCAUGAAUUUCCACCAGAUGUGCUUUUAUUUAGCUUUACAGAUUCCUUUAACCAAAUAGUUUCUGGGUUGAAGCAAAUAAAGAUAUCUUAACCUGUGUCACUGAGAAAUCUUUGAUAUGCACUUGAGACCCCUUAUUUAGGAAACCGGUGAAAAAGCAAAGGUACUAUCUGGACACACUCACUAGGAUGUUCUAAGAAGAUACGAGUUGUCAUAAAUGCUUAGCUACUUUCUUUAGAUCAUUUUCUCCUAUAUCAUUUUGCUUUUUGAACCUCUGGAUAUUUGAUUCCUUGCUAAGAGUACUCUUUUAAAUGUUCUCAUUUUUGGUGAUUAAAAGUUUGCACAUAUUUUUCUUGACCUUCAAAGGAAGAACGACCAAUUACAAAAGUGUUUUUGAAUGAUCAUUGGUCUAGUAUAAGUAUCUAUAUUGGGGAUCUGAAAAUACUAAGCUAACUAUAUUGGUUCUACGUACAGUUUGUUUCAGUUUUGUAAGUGACAACUUGUGUAGCACUCAACUCAGGUUACUUGAACAUGGAAACUUUCUUUUUUUCUAAUCACCAAUUAUGACAGUAACCAUUUUACUGUAUUGGUUAUUGUGUCACUGAUUUUAAUGUAUUUUUAGGCAGAAUAAAUUCUAGCUUGAAUGAAAUAUUCUAAGUGAGAUCAUAUUAUCAGUAGGCUGAAAUAUGAAUACUUUCAGUUAAUGUUCAGUUCAUAAGCCUGAAAGAUUUUUUUCUUUAGAAGAUCUAGUUAUGAAAGUGCAAGACUCAGUCAUGUUAGGGAAAACAUUGCUGUGUUGAUUUCAUUCACAUAGCAUUAUUGCAAACAAGCACAAAAAGCUCAAUGACUCAUAUAAGUAGAAAAAAAAUUCGUGUUAGAACGACUGAGGAGUUAAUGCAUUAAUUUAAGUCAGCUUAUUUUCUACUUGUUUUCAGUGUGUCAGAAAUGAUAAAAUAUUAUUCGAGACAGUGCCCCCUAUUUUGAAAACUGAAUGUCAGGGCUGAAUAACCAAAGUCUCCUGUGGUAUCUACUCAGGGGGCAAGGUACUUUACUAAUCAGUUACAGAGGUUCCUAAAAUUAUUCGCCAUACUUCCCCUCCUUUUCAGAAGAUGUCACUCAGCUCUCCCCCGCCCCCGCGCCCUCCCCGGUUCCAAAUCCAUCUUUGAGCGAGCAAAUAGAAAGUGCCCUUCAGAGGGGCAGGACGCCCAGUGCUCCUCAUGACCUUCUGGAUGUUCCUGCAUCCCAGGGAUAGUAUCACCCACCGUAGGAAACACUGAUCGAAACGCUGCUUACUCAUCACUGCUACUUUCCCCCCCGUGCUGUCUGUGGCCUGCAGUGUCAGAUUUGUUAUUUAUCAAGUUGUGACUGUUUCAUUAUUGUCUAUGCCAAAUGUUGAUUGCCAAGCUUGGAGUGACAAUAAAGCAUUUUAAAAAGCAUGACUAGAUUUACUUUAGGAUAAAUUAGCACUGACCAACCAGAUUGGAAAAGCCACAAGUAUUGUUAUAACACGCUGCCGUUCUUGAUUGCUUGUGCUUUUGUAAACGUUUUAGAUGCAGUUGAAACUAUGCACCAGUACAUGUAAAAGGCUUAAUAAAUUCUGUGUAUCAGUAGUAUAGGUCUCAAUAUUUAUUAUGACAUCAGUGGUCUGCAAACAGCUUAUUGUAUCAUCAGCUGGUGUCAGUGCGGAAACAAGAUGAAUUUUCUGUUGUCCAAGUUAAAUCACUAUUUAAUAGCAUCACACUCACAUAUUGUAAAUUACUUCAACUUUAAGGCAAAGAUUGUCGAAGGAUUGUACAGUCAAUUUUUUUUAAUAGAAAUACUGUGGUUAUUUCUACUAAAAACACAUUUUUAUCUACCAACUGCUCUUUUUUUUUUUUUAAUCACAUCUUUCAUUAGAUUAUUUUUCAGUUGUUCUGUCUUUUUUAAAAGGUAAGAUCAAGUGAGAUGGCAGUUUCUUUAGUUGAGUAUAAUAGCCCCGAUCUCCUUACUCUUGGGGAUAAAUAAGUAGGGGGAAGCUGAAGUUGGAGUAUGUGUACAGGCAAUGGCUGUGACAGAAGAAAUUGGAGAAUUAGGGGCUGGAGCGAUAGAUAGCACAGCAGGGAGGGCGUUUGCCUUGUACAUGGCCGACCCAGGUUCGAUUCCCAGCAUCCCAUAUGGUCCCUCGAGCACUGCCAGGAGUAAUUCUUGAGUGCAUGAGCCAGGAGUAACCCCUGUGCAUCACCGGGUGUGACCCAAAAAGCAAAAAAAAAAAAAAAAAAAAAAUCUAGCUAUACCGAAAAAUGCUGUGAUUUGUUGAGAUUUUUCCCCCUUGAAGUAGUAAAAAGUAGAUGAAGUGUGAAUUUAGAAAGAUAAACAUGAUUUAGAAAUGUUAAUCAAAAUAGUCUGUGGAAGAUUCAAUAUCAUGAGUUCAUAGAUAAGAAAUAUGUAACAUUCUAUUUACUGAGUAGACUAUAAGGGUGCUGACCAUUUCAUUAUGGUUUUUACUUGUCAUUACGAGAAUGUAGCAACUUGAGAGGGAACACUCAGGUACUGGAUAGGGCUGGGAUAGAGGAAAAUGAACCCUGCAUCCAUCCAAAGGAAUAUUCUUGAUGUUUGUGGGAAGCUAUCUUAUGUGUCUAUUAGAGGCCAAAGCAGUCCAUGGGAAAGUAUAGAAAUGAUUAUCAUUUUAGUAGAUCAUUGAACUAGAGAAUGAAACAUUUAACUUGUAACCACUAUUUCUGAAUCUGUUAAUCAAGAAAUAUACACUGUCUAUUUUUUUUGUAUAGUAUUUGAAAACAAUAAAAAUUCUAUAAUUGGC